UCCCUCCCUCUCCAAAACCUCAGGGCCUUAAAAAAAUGUCCCCAAAAAUCCAAAGGAAAUGCCACUCAUUCAUUUAUGUUUAUGAUUAUUAUGCUAGCUGCAUGUUGCAUUCUGAUUCCUGUUUCUCCUGCAGCUGCCCAUGUACUCCUGCUGCCCUGCUCACUUCCCUUUAAUAUAUCUCUUUACUGUUUUUUUAGGACUCCCGAGAUUUAUUUGCCCUAAAUAUUAAGGGAUCAUUGCAGUUGUAGGUUGUUUGUUGGGUUGGUUGUUGGUGUUUCCAUUUUCUUUUUCUUUUUUCAUUUUUUUCCUUGGGAUUUGGUUUCUGGUUUUGGGUUUCUCUCUCUAAUUACACACAUAUUUUAGGGUACCCUAUAUUUGGGAGGGGAGGUCGCAUUGAGAGAAUGGCACAAUUACCUCCUAAAAUACCAAGCAUGACACAAAAUUGGCCAUCCUUCCCUCACCAAAAGCUACCCGCCAUGGCCAAUUUCAUCCCCACCACGACGACCACUUCUGCCGCCGCAAUUCAACCCUCGUCCAACCAACCGAACCAACAACAACAAUCCUCGUCGUGCAAUUGGAUGGACGAGUUCCUCGACUUCUCCUCCGCCAGGCGCGGGGCCCAUCGGAGGUCUGCAAGCGACUCCAUUGCCUUUCUCGAGUCCCCGUUGAUACUUGACGAGGAAUGCAGGAAUCCUACCGCCACCAUGAUGCAUCAUCACGGAUCCACCAACAACCUUGGCUUCGACAGACUGGACGACGAGCAGCUCAUGUCCAUGUUCUCCGACGACAUGUCCGUGACCGUGCCACCUACCAUCUCGUCGUCCAACCCGUCCACGCCGUCCGACCAGAACAGCAAUAACGACGAGAACAAUAUUAAUAAUGUCAAUAAUAAUAACAUGAAGCCAUUGAUGCUUCAUUUGGACCAGCAGCAGCAGCCUAAAACGGAGCCCGGAGAGGUUGAAAGCUCGUCGUGCGAGGCUGACGCUAAUGCUCAAUCUCAUCCGCCACCGCCCACCUCCCCGGCUGACCCCAAGAGGGUCAAAAGGAUUUUGGCAAACCGGCAAUCAGCACAGAGGUCGAGAGUGAGAAAAUUGCAAUAUAUUUCGGAGCUUGAGCGCAGCGUUACAACAUUACAGUCGGAGGUAUCGGCGCUGUCACCAAGGGUUGCAUUUCUAGACCACCAAAGGUUGAUUCUAAACGUUGAUAAUAGUGCUCUCAAGCAACGGAUUGCUGCUUUGGCUCAAGACAAGCUUUUCAAAGAUGCUCAUCAAGAGGCACUAAAGAAGGAAAUAGAGAGGUUAAGGCAGGUCUAUCACCACCAAACCCUAAAGAAGAUGGACAACCAAGGAAACCGAAACCAAAACGCUCAACAGCAUCAACAGCAACAGCAGCAGCAGCAAUCAAACCCAGACAUCAUGGUCUGUACGGAUCACAAUGAGCAGCAAAUUCCCAAUUGAAGUCGAAGAUGCAUCGUGAAUGAUAUAAUAUACAAUGCAGAAUGCAGAUGCAUAUAGUGGCAUAUAAUGCUAACUUUGGCCUUACAUUCACGUGAAGUGUUUCCACUUAUAUGCGCUAUAUGUGGUACCCCUGACAAUGUAGUGAGAUUGGAGGCUAGAACAUGGACACGUGGACUGCUUGGAUAGGGUGCUGAAAACAUUUUUUUUUAUUUUCAGUAAUCAAUUAUUUUUGUUGGGGA